UUCCUCUUUCUGACUUUCAUUCUUCCCUCUGCACCCCGGCAGGACCGUUGUAGCAGUUCGGUCGUCCUUCUCCUGUUGCUCUUCUGUCUUCUGCUUCUUGAACGAAUUCCUGCCAAACAUACUGUCCUAGUGACAUCAUCGUUCAUUUAUCCGUGAUUUCGUUCUACAACUGGUUGUCCAUCAUGCGCAUUAAGCAACUAUGGAAUAUUAUCCCUAUCCCAUCCAAAAUAAAGUUACUGUGGGAUCGGAUAACUCUUUCACGCACAACCACUUUUUACAUCAUAUUUUCCAUCCUUCAUUGUGUUCUCCAGAUCAUCUUUCAAGGGCAGGCCUUUCGUAUCAAUGUCGGGGCUGCUGAGUUCUUGGCCUCCAUCACCAGACAAGGAAACACCAUCGAUUCCAACGCAUUCUAUGUUUUGGGGAGUGACCUUCGUCUUUGCGACAGUAUCCCAGCAGACCUCAGCACUAGCUCUUGCCAAGUAAUCUGGAAUGGUACGACAGUUGGGGAUAAUUCGCUGACAUCCGCAAAUGCAUUGGCCCCCAUGAUUACUACGUCAUAUUCAACGGGGACGUCAAGUUCCAUGAUCUCGACCUCGGGGUCGAAGGUAUCCACUAGUUCAAUGAGUUCAAGCUACUCUGCGACGUCAAGUUUUAUCACAUCUGCAAGACCAACGAUUACCGCGACAUCGACAUUCACAAAUUCCGUGUCUCCAUCGCAUACCACUACCUCAUCGGCGAUAGCUUCAAGCGCCACUGAUAAGCAGCUGAAUCGACGCAGCCUCGUUCAAGAUAUCCAAGCCGUCGAGAUCAAUGGCACCUCACAAGUCAUUGUGAACGGAUAUGGCUGGAACAAUCAAGUAGCUGUUUUAGAUCAACAGUGCCUUUGGGCUCUGAAUUAUCCAGUUCAAAUCCUUCAGCAGACAGAGCGGGAGGAUUUGACCUUCAUUGCUUUUCAAAUAUGGGUCCUCGGAAUGUCUAUCGUCGCUAUCCUGAACGAAUCUGUCCCUCAUACCAUCGCAACUCUUUUGACCCAUAUGCUGGCUACUGGAUGGGCAGGUUAUCAGAUAUUUAACACUGCUCAAUUCCAUGGUGACUUUUCGAGGCUGUCAACAAAUGGAGCUUGCAAUCCGAUCAAUCUUUUACCGUCAUAUUGGAAAAGUCGCUUUGUUGCCGAAAUUGCAAGCUUGGUGCUGAAUGCCAUUGCACUGUUGGUUUCUUCCUUUCUAUCGUGGAGGCUUGCCAAGCUCUUUGGCUGGCAGACUUUCAAGCGUGUGGGGGCUUCAAUCGUUAUCAGUCGUGUCUAUAAAUUUGUGCUCGUGCUCUCCAUCGUUAUCCAGAUAUCGCUCUUUUUCAUGGUGGUCUCCAUCUCACUUUGGCUGGAUCAACUUUGGAAUGGCAAUAUCGGGCGUCUUGACACCUCACCUGAAUUCAAACCACUGUUGAUCGUCACUCUCAUCCUCUUACUUCCUUGGUUAACUGCAGGCUGGCAUGGUGUGCGCCGAGAACUCAAAAUACCUAUGCUCGUAUUUCUUGCGCUCAGUGUCGGAUACCUUGCAGGCUGGGCAGCAAUGUUCGAUUCCAGCGCAUUCCGGUGGACGUUCAUAACCUGGACGUUCUUCGGGGUGAUGACCUCUUCAUCUGUCUUCCUGACUCUUGUUGCAUUCAUCUUGGGCAUCAUAUGUCGUAUUAACUUCGGCAAGGGGCUUAUACGCUAUCUCAAUGCAGACGAGCCAAUCCCAGAAGAUUUCGUACCCGUGAAUUACGGAGAUGACCCAGAAAAGAUCGCGUUCCAAACGGAUGAUAGGAGAAUGUCCACGUUCUCCGCUACGUCCGGCGCAGGACAAGAAGUUUCCCCUUCUCAGAUGCUCGCUCCUCCUAUAUGGGAAAAGUUCUCCACGCCUGAUGCAUUCUUAGCCCCAACCUCCGGAUCCUACAGCGCCGUUGAGCGGCAAGUCUCCAACGGCAGCACCUAUAGUUCAACGAGCACUACUUCAAGCCGAGUCGGGAGUGACUCUGCUGCUGGACAUUCUAAACGCUGGAUUAUCGAGUAAAUGACACUUGCGAUUUGUACAGGCUCCCGGUGUAUUUGAACAGUAAUUGUAGUGUAACUUAUCAGUACCACUGGGUGGUUGCAAUUCAAACGAACAUUUACUCUA